AUGGAGACCCGUGGGAGGGCUAGAAAGGCUAGUCGAUCGAGGAUAUGUUUGUCGAGCUUGGAGAUUCGAGUGGUCAAUCUCGAGGAGUCCGUUGGUGACAUGAAGGAGACACUCGAAGAGGUCCUAACCCGUAUGGAGGAACUGAGGGAAGAUAGCAAGGAGUUUGUGUUGGACUCCCUCAGAUCCACUUCGGACAAACUGACAGGGAGGGAUGAAGCUCUUGAGGCCCUAUUGACUGCCAUGAAAGAAGAGAUUGCUGAGCUUAAGGGGAGCUCGAAUCUGUCCGCGAGAGAAGUGGAUAACUUCUUGUGGGAAUUGGAGCAAUAUUUUCGAGCAAUUGGCAUUGAGGAUGAUGCCACCAAGGUAAACACCGCUUCCAUUUACUUUUCUGAUGUUGCUCUCUUGUGGUGGAGACGUAGGUCCACGGAUGAGAAACGUGGAGGAACGACCAUUGGAACUUGGGAGGAGUUCCAAAGAGAGUUGAAGAAGCAGUUUUAUCCACAACAUGCUAAAAAGGAGGCUCGUGCUAAGUUGCAUCGGCUUACGCAACAAGGCACUGUUCGAGAUUAUGUUCGGGAAUUCAGCGAGUUGAUGCUUCAGAUCUCAGACUUGAAUGAGAAAGAAGCAUUCUAUUGGUUCGAGGAUGGUUUAAAAAUGUGGGCAAAGCAAGAGUUGCGUCGCCUAGAUAUCACCGAAUUGACCGAAGCUAUGGCAAAGGCAGAAAAUUUCUAUGAUGUUGGGGGAAGAAAGUUUGAUAAUAACAAUUCUUCCAAACCCAAGUCGGGACCAAAAGACAAUGGUGGGGGAAACAAGGAUCAAAGGGAAAAGAGCGACGAAGGCCCAAAGUCUAGUCAAGGUAAGCCUUGGGAUAGAAAAGGACCAAUGAAGUGCUUUCUCUGCCAAGGCCCACAUAGAAUAAGUGUCUGUCCAAAGAGAGCCGCUUUUCAUGCCAUGGAGGCACGCAAGGAGGCCGAAGAUGACACCAAAAGCCUCAAUUCGAUAUUAGGAGGUGUCGAAGAGAAGUCAAGCAAUGGGCUGAUGAUUGUGGACAUCAUCGUAGCUGGCAAAAGAUUGAAUGCACUUGUUGAUACUAGUGCAUCUGAUUUAUUCAUGUCUAAAGAAAUGGCAAAGGAACUGGGCCUUAGAAUCGAGGAAGAUUCGGGACGAAUCAAAACGGUGAAUUCAGAAAGCAUUCCCAUAACGGGGGUGGCAAAAGGGGUGGAACUCAAACUUGGCGAGUGGACGGGCAAAGCGACCAUUAAGGUAAUCCCACUUGAUGAUUACGAUUUUGUAGUUGGAUUAAGUUUACUUGAUAGGCUUAAUGCGGAUAUUCACCCUUCCGAGAACUACAUGACAAUCUCCGAUGCAAAUCAACGAUAUAUGGUGAGAAUGAAAAGGAAGGGAAGCAUGGAGGGAAAAACCUUAUCGGCAAUCCAAUUUGCCAAAGGAGUCCGUCGAAAUGAAGUCUCCUACCUAGCUACCUUGAGAGACAAUAUGGAUGAUAAAUUUGAGGGGGAAAUUCCAAAGGAAGUGGAACGGUUGCUAAAGUCAUUUCAAGAUGUAAUGCCCAUGGAGUUGCCCAAAAGAUUGCCACCAAAGAGGGAGGUGGACCACAAGAUUGAGCUGUUGCCCAAUAUCGAACCGCCAAAGAAGGGCACCAUAUCGAAUGGCUCCACCGGAACUAGAGGAAUUAUGAAGCGAUUGAUAGAGCUUUUAGAUGCGGGUUCAUUAGACCAUCUAAAGCCCCAUUUGGUGCACCUGUGUUAUUUCAAAAGAAGCAUGAUGGAUCUUUGA